UGCAGCUCGCCGCAGAGGUGGCUUGAAGGGUGCAGCGGCGGCGACCGGCGGAGGAAGCCGAGAUGGCGGCUCUGCCCGUUUCUCGCCUUGUCCCACGUGGCGCGUCUCUCUGGAGGCCCCUGGCGGCGUCUUCCACUUCUGCCCGGUCACUCCAUCAGACCCCAGCAGCCGAUGGGGCUGACAGUGCUGUUCAGCUCCAGCAGAAGAACGCGGCCAUUGUUCGGAAGAAACCCUCCCUCCCCAGCAGCCGAGGCGAAUAUGUUGUGGCCAAGCUGGAUGACUUGAUCAACUGGGCCCGUCGGAGCUCCUUGUGGCCGAUGACGUUUGGCUUGGCCUGCUGCGCCGUUGAGAUGAUGCACAUGGCGGCCCCUCGCUACGACAUGGACCGCUUUGGGGUGGUCUUCAGAGCCAGCCCCCGGCAAGCUGACGUCAUGAUUGUGGCGGGCACGCUGACCAACAAGAUGGCGCCUGCGCUCCGGAAGGUUUACGACCAGAUGCCUGAGCCACGUUACGUGGUCUCUAUGGGGAGAAAAAACCACUCAUACAUUGUGCGGGGUUGCGACCGGAUCGUGCCUGUGGACAUCUACGUUCCAGGUUGCCCGCCUACGGCUGAAGCUCUUCUCUACGGGAUCCUGCAGUUGCAGAGGAAGAUCAAGCGGGAAAAGAGGCUCCAGAUCUGGUACCGCAGAUAGUUUUGCGCAUCUCCUAAGCUGUCGGACUGUAAGCGGACACCCUGGAUGCACUUAAGCUGUUUUUUGCGUGUUUCUCUAAUAAAGUGGCUUAUAUAUGUAUGUAUACGCACAGAGAUAGAUUGGACGCUCCACCUUUUCUGCCCUUUUUCUCACGGUGCUUUGAGAAAAAGGGACAUGGGAUUGUAUUCCAAGAGCUGUCCUUAAGCUGGGAGGCUGUGAAGCUCCACAAC